UUUUGUUAAUGAAUAUUUAGCCACUACACUAGUUAUAUCAAGUAUCUAUGUGAAUUUGUAUACCAUCUUUAUCUGUAUUAACUUUUCAAAUCGUAUACGUUUCUCUUUUUGAAAUACAGUGGAAAUAUGAGAAGACCUAGUCAAAUGAUGAGGCUUCUAUUAACAACCUUCUUCGGGGUUAUAGUUGGUUUCCUUAUGGGUAUUACUUUUCCAACCUUGACCUUAACUAAGAUGAAUCUUCCAUCUACAUUGUUUCCAUCGAUUGAUCUUGCAUACAUUGAGGAUAAAUACUCGGACAUAUCCAGACAAAGACUAUUUGGUUCUUGGUCUGCGACAAAAGGCCUCAAACUCAAGAAUGACAUCCCUGACCCUCCCUAUAACUAUAAUGACACUAAGAUAUGGGUUCCUACUAACCCCCGUGGUGCUGAGAGGCUACCCCCAGAUAUAGUCACGCCUGAAUCAGAUUUUUACCUCCGUCGACUGUGGGGUGACCCUAAUGAGGAUUUAACAAUCAAGCAGCGGUAUCUAGUAACAUUUACGGUUGGCUAUGAUCAGAGGAAAAAUAUAGACACUGUGUUGAAGAAGUUCUCAGAUAACUUCUCUAUAAUGCUGUUUCACUACGAUGGCCGGGCCAGCGAAUGGGAAGAGUUUGAAUGGUCCAAGCGAGCCAUUCAUGUGAGCAUCCGGAAACAAACAAAAUGGUGGUACGCCAAGAGAUUUCUUCAUCCUGACAUAGUUGCCCCCUAUGAAUAUAUCUUCAUAUGGGACGAGGAUCUUGGUGUGGAACACUUUGAUUCGGAAAAAUAUCUGGCCGUGGUGAAGAAACAUGGUUUGGAAAUCUCACAGCCUGGGUUAGAGCCAUAUGAAGGGCUCACAUGGGAGAUGACAAAGAAAAGAGACGACACUGAAGUCCACAAGCAUGCUGAGGAGAGGAAUGGGUGGUGCACCGAUCCCAACUUACCCCCUUGUGCAGCAUUUGUGGAGAUUAUGGCUCCUGUUUUCUCCCGCAAGGCAUGGCGCUGUGUGUGGCAGAUGAUUCAGAACGAUUUGGUUCAUGGAUGGGGUCUGGACUUUGCCGUUCGGAAAUGUGUUCAGAACGCACACGAGAAAAUUGGAGUUGUAGAUGCUCAAUGGAUUAUUCAUCAAGGUGUUCCAUCACUUGGGAAUCAAGGACAACCAGAGCGAGGGAAACAACCAUGGGAAGGGGUGAGGGAAAGAUGCAGGAGAGAGUGGACAAUGUUUCAAGACAGAUUGGAUGAUGCUGAAAAAGCUUAUUUUGAAGCAUCUGCUCACAACAAUGCUUCUUCACGGCCUCACGGGUAAUAAGGAAAAUAAUAGUGUUUCACUUCGACUUCCACUCUCUAUGUUUACCUUGUUAAUUUUGUUCUCGGAGCUGUGCUUUGAUUUCGUGUUUAUGGAAGAGAAUAGUCCGGUUGAGAGAAGAUAAUUGUAACCACAUUCAUUAACAUCUGAUUAGUCUUUUUAACUGUUAACUCUUAUUGAUGAUGACAUGAGAAUUCCGGGAGAGAGUAGAGUUAGAGGUCAACAUUUUUCACUUCACUUUUAUCAGAUUUUUACAGUUGAGCAAUGGAAAAAUCUAUUAAAUCAUAUUCUCAAUU